AUGAAUGCUGAUCCGUGGGCCCGUCCGAACUUCAAUCUCUGGAGUGUAAGCGCAAAACCACCAAAAAACAAACUGGUGGUUGAAUACGGGAAGCCAAACGACAAACCAUUCACCAUUCGCGUUGUCCAUGGUGGGUUCUUUACAGACUACCCAGGCAAGGCGUAUCAACAGACCAAGGUUCACUUCAUUUCUUAUGUGAACAUCGAUUUGUUAGACAUGGAGUUGCUUGGGCGUUUUUCUAGAAGCCGUGGGUAUACCAGUUUGGGGAACUGGGCCCACCAAUUCAAAGAGAUUGAACAUCUCUAUGUUGAACACAUGCCUGUGUUUGUUCCAAACAAUUUCCCACACUUUUUGAUGAACUCUCCAGCCAAACGUGUUGAGAAGCUUAUUCACAUGUUUGUAACAGAACAUACAAUGGCUUCGGUUGAUGAUGGAAUAGCAUACGUCCAACAUAUGCUAAACAUGAGAAUUCCAAGAGAAAAAAUGGAGGAUGCUAUGGACAUGGCAAAAGAAAAUGUCAUAGCAUGGAAAAACAUAGCCUAG